AUUGUUUAAUUGUCUAUAUGUUCAUCAUACCUCAAUAUUGCUCCAAAUAUUCAUAAGUUGUACUAGUAGUUGGCUAAUUCCAAUUGCUGUCGUGCAUUCAAUAUUUGAUUCUGACUACGAAGGAAGAGUGUCCAUAUCCUUGAGUCUCGCAGUUUGCUAUCUAGAUUUCUCCUUUGCCUCCAUCGCCACCUUACAGGUCUUACAUUGUCCGAUUUGAUUGCAACCAAAACUAAAAUGGGUUAUUGGAAAACAAAGGUUCUCCCAAAGAUUCAGAAGGUUUUUGGAAAAGAUGCAACCAAAAAAGCUGCUGCCGUAGAAGCAUGCAAGUCCUUCGACGACUGCAAGGAGGAAGUAUCCAAGGAAUUUGAGGAGAAGAAAGCAGAGCUCCAGCCCAAAGUCCUAGAGGUAUAUGAAGCUUCAACAACUGAAAUCAAGAGUUUGGUAAAAGAACCCAAAGAAGCUGGUAUCAAGAAGCAUUCAGUCAAGGUUCAAAGUUUCCUUGACGAGCUUGUUAAAAUUGAAUUCCCAGGAUCUAAAGCAGUUUGCGAGGCGAGUUCAAAAUUCGGGCCAGCACUGAUUCCAGGUCCAGUUAUAUUCGUAUUCGAAAAGGUUUCAACAUUUAUAGUCACAGAGGAGAAACCGAGAGAGGUAGAAGCUCCAGCAGCAGAAGAGACAGCUGCCUCGAAAGAAACAAGCGAGGUGGAGGCGGAGAAGGAGAUAGUUGUUGAAGAAGGAGCAACUGCAGCAGCUGAACCGACUGCAGUCGACACAACCCUUCCUAAGGAAGACCCACCAAAGGUGGAGCAACCACAAGCUGAGGAGACACCAGCAAAGCCUGAGCAACCAACUGCAUGAGUAUUGAGUAAUGCUUGAAAAUGAUGUAUACUUCAGUUAUUGCAUGAAUUUUUCCUCCUGAUCUAUUGCUUUUCUCUUUGUACAUUUGUGAAGAUGAAAUGUAAAAGUGUAAUUUAUUGUUUUCAUUCUUUGUUCGUGCUUUUUGUUUAGCUUGAGAAAUUGAAAAGAUUCUGGCACAUGUAUCAUUAUUGUUAUUGUAUAAUUGUCCUUUUUUACCUUUUA